GAUGGUCGCGGGGCGCCGCACGGGCAAGACGUCCUUUCUCCGUCUCCUGCUCGACACCAGCUUUGUCGCGCCCACCGCCACGUCCGACCAGCUCACCUCCGUCGCGAAAUUCGUCCAAGGCUGCAGCGGCCACACCGGCCAUAUCAGGACCGUAUCAAUUGAUGUCGAGCAUGAUUUAGGAGAGCAGGGCCCAACCCAGCCGCUCACGCUCACUCUCAUCGAUACCCCGUCCUUCGACUUUCAGGACGAUGCCGCGUCCGACAGACUGUGUUCAGAAAUUCAGCGGCACGUAGAGUCUAGACUUGCGGAAAGUGCGGAAGACGAGAACAAGGCGAGGAGCGGCGACCAUCAUGUGCAUCUUUGCGUGUACUUUUUGGACCCCGACGUGAUCGUCCCGCCAUCUAUCCCGACCCCUCCUGUCCCUUUUGUUUCUCGUGCUCGCACAAACAGCCUCUCGCAUUCGGAGCCCGAGCGCGUCAUUCUCGACCCGCCCGUCACGACGAACCCUGACUUGUGCCGGCCCGUGCUCCCCGUGCCCGACAUCAACACCAUCCGGCGGCUGUCCUCCCGAAUGAACGUCCUUCCUGUCGUUGCGCGGGCUGAUACUCUCACAAACGAGCGCCUUGCAGCAGUGAAGAUGGCGAUCCGCAGGGAUUUGGCGGACGCUGGCAUCGGGUUCGGUAUUUUUGAUGCUCCUGCCCUCGACGGUCAUUCACAGUAUCCGCAACAUAAGGACGUAGGAUCACAACCGAUGAAUGGUUCUUUGCCCAACGUCCUUAGUUCGCAUACAAACAGGAACGCUCCCUCCGCCGCGCCGUCUCCGCCUGGGUCGCCAGCUGUCACUACCCCGCUGCGGCUGCCCUACGCUCUGAUAUCACCCGACAUUUAUUGCCACAACGACGGUGUACAUCGACCGGCUCCCUCGCGCCACGAGCUUGUACUUCAAUACACUCCUUCGAACCACCGCACAGUCGUUAAGGGCCACUCUCCCUCGUGUAAAAUAGAAAUGGGCAGAUACACGCGCUGCUACAGGUGGGGAUCUCUUGACGUCUUGGAUCCCAACCACAGCGACUUCUUGUACCUCCGGAGGGCUAUCUUUCAUCACAUGCAGACGUUACAUAAAUACACGAAAGAAUAUCUAUUGGGCAAAUUCAUGGAAGGUUACCAGCCGCACCAUGCCACAUACCAUCCACUGCAGCAGAUUUCUCUGCCGCCGCCUUCACGACCGCAUCCCUCAUUGUCACAGGCGUCACGGCCAAUCCUGGCUAUAGAUACAGCCCCAGGUCCUGCUGCUACCCAUCGACAGCCGCACCUGGCACUGCCGCCUCCAAGUGCUCAGGAGCCACGUCGCAGUCCUCUGAGGGGCCCUGAAUCAGUUGUUUCGAGCUCGUCCACUAAGACGCCACCAGCCGGUACAAGAAUGUCACAGAAACAACGGCCAAAGAAGAUAACGGUCGCCUGCAACUUCUGUCGUUCUCGGAAACUGAAGUGCGACGGCGGAAGGCCGGCGUGCGAGCAGUGUCUAAAACGACGCAACCCUUGCGAUUACGUGCCCAAUAUGCGGCGUGGAGGCGCCAGGAGACAGCGCAGGCAGGAUGACUCUGAGAGCGAAUCUGCGAGCGGCGACGAUGAUCAAUCGCCCGAGCAUGAUUCGCAAUCACCUGAAGUCCCAUCCAGACCGGUCUCAAGGAAGGGCAACGUGAACAUGUUCUUGACAGAGCCGCUUCCAGGGUCUGGGCAUCUGACUUCUCCGCUGGACCGGCGGGAAACCGUCCCACGGCUGCCUGCACUCGUGCUUCCCAAGCCCAACAUCCCGGGCCCUCCUUCGGCCAGCUACAGGACCGACGAUCCGUCGCAUAUAGCAGCCCUUCCCACCCCUGUUACCGGCAUCUCGAGCUCUAGCUCAGCGCACGCUGAGUUAACCUUGCCGCCUAUCAGAACAGAGCCUGAUCUACCCAGUCCAUCCAGGAGGAGGUCAACUGUGCCUCCUCGUAAAGGCCACCGGUCAUUGAAAUACGGACCCAAGGUCGUUGCCUGUAACUUCUGUCGGGCUCGGAAAACGAAGUGUGAUGGCGCUCAUCCCUCGUGUUCUAGCUGCGCUCGCAGGUCUCUGCAGUGCAGUUAUGUGAACGAUCCUGCCGGUCCUCAUGGUCCAGCUCGCAGGAAGAAAGCUACCACAUCGACUUCGGACCCCUCUCAGUCGUCACCCCCUACAUCCCAAGUGCACACCCAGCUGCCCCCUACGACUGCCCCUCCUGUAGGCUAUGGCCAUAUGGCACCCCCGAACAUUGGAGAAGGCGAGGUAGAUUUGAAGAGAAAUCUCCACGAUCCCCAGCAGCAGCUCCCGCCAAAGAAAAUGCGCCUAGAAGGCAAUGCAAGUCACUCCGUCGCAGUCGCGGCCGGUCCCUGAAGCAACCCUACUUAUCGGACUACGAUAGAAUAUCCUUUCAUAUCUCCUCGAUGGUGCAGUGUCUAAUCACGUUUUCUUUGGUUAUCACGGGGAUUUUGGAACGUUUUGUAUCAAGUUGUAUUGUAUCUGUUGCAGGUUGUCUAGCUGUUCAUCUAUAUAUUCCUUUCUUUUUUGCCAGCCC